GAAAUUUUGCUCCUUGGUUAAUCAAGAUUGCUCUCUUGGAAUAUAGGACUACAAUAAAUUAAGAAAAUAAUGCUACGACAAGUGGCGAUCGCCUGUGCUGCUCUGCUCCUUAUAUUUAUUCAAGAUGCAUAUUCGCAACAAUGUAGCGAAAUACCUUGCGGCGAUUUAGAUACAAAAACAGAAAGACAAUGCCUUGAUUUUCGCAAUGGAGACGGCGAUAAGCCCUGUUGUUGGGAUCCAAGCGCGGAUAAGGGAGCAGGGGCCUGCUUAGCAAAACGUGACGAUACAAAAUAUAAACGAAGCGCAGGGGGAGCAAAGUUACAGGAAUUUGCGAGAAAGCAUCCCCACGGAUUCAAUCCUAAUCCCGAUCCGAAAGGUUUGAAGAAACUAGCUGAAAAUAUGAAGAUAAAUAAGGAUGAUGGACUUGAUGAAAAAGGUGUCAAUGAAGUAAAAAGAUCUCUCUCAGGAUUUGCUCUUAACCCUCUCGCCCUUGCUCUCGGAGGUUCAUCGCUUUUCCCAGAAUGUCCAGUACACGUGAAAUACUGCUACAGGGUACCAUGUGGAGGACACAGAAGACCCGAUCUGGAAAACAAUCCAAACGCUUGCUUGAGCAAUCCUCUAUGUUGCUACGACUACAAGACGGCUUUCUACAAACGAAUAUUCGGAACUCGAAUGUUAGGAGAUUCGCCCUCUUGCUAUUAUGGCGCCACUUCAAAGCAAUGGAGGUCCGUUACCAAGUCUAUCAGGCCAUGGAAUCCGUUUUUGACCAAAUUCAUUUUGCAAAUCUUCAAGCCAAUCUUCAAUACUGCUGCGUUCAAUAUUGGUGGACAAUUAGCGUGUAGCAAAUCCUUUGGGGGUUUUGGGAAAAGAGCGUAUCCAGUCGGUGAAAAAUCAAAAUUGGAUUGCAAUCUCGUUUCUGGGUGCUGGGAUGACGAUGCCCCUGAAGGUUCUAGAUGCACUAUGGGUUCAGCUUUCUUAGAGCAAAUAUUCGGCUUGCAAUCAGAAGUCUAUCCGUCUUUGUACACGUCCGAUCCAUCCGAUACAAAAUGUUCCUCAAACUGGUUUGACUAUGGACCACGAGCUUACAAUCGUCUACCAUGUGGGGUUGGACCUGCUCCACCUGGGAUUUUUGAGAAAGUGUAUCAAUGGUGCCCACCUAGCCACUGCUGCAUAAACUACGCAACCCUGUUCGGUAGCGGUGAAAGCGGCGGAGGCGGUUUAAGUGACCUGCUUCUCCUUAGCUCUCUCGGCGGCGGUGGUCAGGGUUUUGGUAGCCUCGGUGGCCUCGGUGGUCUUUUUAAUCCUACCGGCGGUGGCUCAACGCCAUUUGAUAGUUCCAUUUUUGCGUAUCUCACUCUCAGCGGCACAGAUUCAGGAUCUUCCGACUUGGGCUCUCUAUUUUGUCCCUAUAGAUUCGCUCUGACGUCAGAUUUGUUCGCCGAUUUAGCGGAAUAUGCAAUUGGAUGCUGCACAAUUCCGGAAUGCUACCAUAAAAAAAAAAAAUUAAUCGGUGGAUAUGUUCCUCCACCACGUCCGCAACCACCUCGUCCACAACCUACAGCACGUUGGGGAGACUACGGGCCAUGCUCAGCUGCUUGCGGUCAACAAGGUUCCCAACGCAGACAGUGCUUUUACGGAAAUACUCCAACAUCUCCUCAAGCAUGCUUUGGCUCAGAUUCGAGAACUUGCUAUGGUCCGCAAUGCAGUUACGGAGUAUGGGGUUCUUGGCAGCAACAGGGAGCUUGUUCUUCCCCUUGCGGCUCAGCCACGGCCACGUUUGUGAGGAGUUGUUACGUGAAUGGUCAAUUAGUACAAUCUAGCCGCUGCAAUGGUCUCAACACGGAGCAACGAAGCUGCGUAAACAAUCCUCCUUGCACUACAUAUGAAUGGGCAGAACCAUACCAACAAAUGACUGCAUGCAGUGUCAAUUGUGGAACAGGUACAGCAACGUACCGUCCUACACGUUGCAGGGACAGUCGUGGACAGAAUGUGCCCACUAACUUCUGCUCUGAGCCACGUCCGUCAGAGACUCGCCAAUGUAGAAGACAACCAUGUCAAGUGACAGCUCAAUGGAGUGCUUGGGUGAGUGGACCAUGUGGUGCUACCUGCGGAGCAAGAGGUUUAAGAGAGGAAACAAGAAAAUGCGAAUUCGAAGAUGGUCGCGCUGCGCCAGACCAGCUGUGCGGUGGUAACUCAGAUCGAGACAAAAAAAGAAUAUUACCGUGCACAAGUCCAGCAUGCCAGGAUCAAUAUUAUUGGCUGGGAAUAGGUUGUGAAAGAGACUUUUCAUCAGGCCAAUGUACAAUCAUAGCGAGAUGUUAUAGACGUGUAGGCGGUGGAUACGUACCGGGAUCCUGCCCCGAAAGAAGAAUACCCGGCCAACCGUGCGCAAGCUGCCCCUACGCACAAUAGGACUAAAGUAAAACAACAACGCGAACAAUUGUAAUCAUCGUUACUGGAAACCUAUAGCAUAUGUGACUGUUUAGAAUUCUCUGUGUAUUACAUUGUUAGAGUAAUAAAUUUGCAGUGAUUUCCAUAAAUUAAGAAAUUUUAGUUGCGCCGAUUUGAUUAUUUUUCACACAAUCGAUUUAUUUCAGUAAUUCCUUAUCUGAUGAUAAUUUUCUGGACAUUGUCACAAUAUUUCACAACAUGUGUAAAUCUAUUUUUUCUGUUGAAUUGUAUUUCAUCGUGUAAAUAUAUAUUUGUGAUGUUCAUGAUAUGAGAUUAUCAAUGGUGUCGUACAAUUGUUAGUAAUCAAUUGAGUAUUUCAGUGCAACAGCGUAACAUUUUUUGCAUAUGUCAAUCCCAACCCUCAUCUGGUCGCGUCAUCCAGAAAUUACGUCACUACAACGUCACAGUGACGUAAUAAGGUCCUUCAAAUUAUACGAAAUGGCAUUCAAGACGCGCAGACGAUCACCCGAAGUCGAGCAAACUAUUUCUCUCGUUUUCUCAUUGCAAUGAUCCCGAUAUGAGAGACAUCGCUGAAGUUGGUGAUUUCAUUAUCGUCGGCGCAGAUCGUGGGUCUACUUUGGCAAGAUCUAUGACGUGAUUGUGACGUCGUAGUGACAUAAUUUUUGGAUUACGUAGUCAGGUGGGGGUUAGAAUUGACAUGUGCAAAAACCGUUAUGCUACGCCCACUAGAAGUACUUGAGGUAGGAAACUCCAAGACUCAGAAAGUGUAUGGCGAUACAGAGUUGUGCUGUGCCUAUAAAACCUCUAGGCUUAAAUGUCUAUUUAGUGACAAUUCUCUAAUGUGAAAUUUGUAACGUAUGGAUAUACAAAGAGUAUUGUAAUAAAUUUUAGCUAG